AACAAAUUAAAACGGCAAGUGAAGAGAAAAGGAACAGAACAGCAGCAGCCCCACCAAGCGCCGACCUGUCGGGGAUGGCGGCUGCGGCGGCGGGGGCAGGGAAGGGGAAGCGGAAGCGGUCUCUCUCCGAGGACGACGUCUACCUCCUCCUCCACAGGUACGCGCCCGGGACGAUCCUGACGGCGCUGCAGGAGGUGGCGCAGCACGCGGAGGGCAGGCGCAUCGACUGGAGGGCGGUGGUGGGGAAGUCGGCCACGGGGAUCACCUCCGCGCGCGAGUACCAGAUGCUCUGGCGCCACUUCGCCUACAACCACGUCCUCGACGACACCGUCGACGCCGGCGACCAGCCUCUGGGCGAUGACAGUGACCUGGAAUUGGAGCUUGAACCAGUUCCUAACCCGACCAAGGAAGCUUUAUCUGAGGCCUCUGCAUUAGCCAAGGCACUAAUAUCCGGAUCUUCACGUGAGCAAGCCUCUGGUCAACGUCUUAAUUUGGAUGCUCCUGUGCUGAACGCCCCAAAUGAAAAGACAGUGCGGGUUCCAUCUGAGAAACAGCUUGCUCAGAAUCACCGCAUAACAAACAUUACAGGUCCUGUUUCCAACUCAAAACAGGCAUCCCAUUUAGGGCCCUCUCCUGGUUCUUUGGAUCCAAAUGGACCUUCUAAAAAGAAAAAGAAGCCUAAAGCAUGGUCUAAAGAGGAGGAUGCAGACCUAGCAGCUGGUGUACAGAAGUACGGUGAAGGAAAUUGGGAUUAUAUUUUGCAUAAAUGUAAAUUUGAUAAUACAAGGACGCCUGAUCAGUUGUCUCAGAGAUGGGCGCUAAUUUGCAAGCGUCCAGGAGGAUCAACCAAGCCUGCUAGCACUAAACAUGCCACUGUCGCUAGCUCAGAGGAAAGAAAGGAUGCUCUUAAGGCACUUUCAAUUGCUGUUGGUCCUAUGCGUAGAUCAUCUAUGCUAAGACCAGGAGCUCAGCAACAAGGCAUUCAGCAUAAGUCUACAGUGUUUGCUCCUAAGAUACCUGAAGGAAGAUCCGCAGCAGCUCCUUCACCAGCACCGGCACUGCCGGUCCCAGUGCCGGUCCCAGUGCCAGUUCCCAUGCCUUUGCCUGUGAAAGCACCAGUCAAGUCGCCAGUUCCUCAGGGGCAACAAGCACCUGUCCAACGCGCACCUCCAAAAUCAGCAAAUGCUUCAAAUAAGACUCGUAAGAAGCAAUCUCCCCAACCAAGUCCUAUCAUUGGUCCUUCCUCAAUACAAGCAGCAGCUAUUGCUGCUGGUGGACGAAUCGCCCCAGCCUUAACGGCCGCAAACUUCUUAAAAGUCGCACAGUCUGCGCACAUAAGAUCUCAAGUAACAGGAUCUUCAAAACCUUCUGCAAGCACUAAAGCACAAAGUGUGGUUGUUGAACCUGGUACACAACCUGGCAGCAUUCAGCAUCUAGAACCUCUAAACACUAGCGCCCCUAAAUCUGGCCCUUCAGUUUUGACCACGCAUGCAACUGAGCAAGUUCAUGGUGCUUCAGAGGUUGCUGUAGUUAAUCCUCCAGGGCCAUCUGCCGGGGCACAUCCAUUGGAAACUAAUAAAGCAUUGAGUACCACACCAGUGCCUGUCUCAUGUGACAGCGAGGAAAAGGAGGACGACUCUACAUUUUGUGUUAUCACUAUAGAUGACUUGUUCCCUGAAGAUGCAGUGCAGCUAGAAACAGUAGAUCUCGAGGCAAAGCCAGAAAUUGCCGAUGAGAAGGCAAAGCAGCUGGAAACUGUGGAUCCUGUGGAUCCCAAGGCAAAGCAGCCAGAAACUGUGGAUCCCAAGGCAAAGCAGCCAGAAACUGCGGAUCCCAAGGCCAAGCAGCCAGAAACUGCGGAUCCCAAGGCCAAGCAGCUAGAUACAUUAAAUCCCAAGGUUGAGAUGGUAGAUCCCAAGGAUAAAGACAUGCUUGAGUUUGAUCAAUUUGUUGCUUCUCAAGGAGGAGCUGUAAACACAGAUCAUUUGGAUAAAAGCAACAGAAGUGCUGCACAAGCCCAAGCCCUUGUUGGCAGCCAGAAGAAGCAAGUGAAACUGGUGCCCACCAUAGGGAAAGGCAACCCUGUAUCAGCUGGUGUGCCAGCAACCGUGAAGAGAGCCAAAACUUCUAUCCCACAUUUAGUGAACCCAGUCCCAGCCGGGAGUCCCCGUGGCAUUGUUGGCACAGUCAAUGCGAAUGCACCUAAUAAGACACUAGUAAGGAAGGCAACUACUCUUGUUCCUGCUGGUGUUCGAGCCCCUCUCCUGAAGAAGCAUGCCACGAACGGAAAAGGCUACCAAGUGAUGCAGCCCAGCACUGGCUCUGGAGUACCGGCCAGCAGCCAGGCUAGCGUGGCCGUGAAUGGUGCUAGCAAGGUGAAUCCGCCAUCCAGCGGCGGCCAAGCGAGCUCGGUGGUGAAUAUUGGUAGCAGAGCGAAUCCACCAUACAGUGGCCAGGCUAGCGCAGUGAUGAAUAUUGGUAGCAAGGCAAAUCCACCAUCAAGCGGCCAGGCUAGUGUGGUGGUGAAUGGUGCUAACAGAGCGGCCAAUCCACCGUCCAGCGGUAAGGCUAGCGCAGCCUUGAGUGGUGCUGCGAACAUGGCGAAUCCACCAGCUGCACCCAAGCAAUAGCUAUGCUCAACACAGUAAAUGUUGUAAUAAUCCUCGUAGGACUUUUGCGCGUCGAUUGUACCCUGAAAUGUGAAUAGGGCAUUAUAGACAGAUACCGUGUAAUUCUUUUCACCUUGUGUUUGCAGUUGACCCCGGGAACGGGAGAGACCACUAGAUUGGAGUGCUUUUUGUUUUAUCUGGUA